AUGAGUGCAUUCAUAGAGGAGAAGAUUGGUGCUGUACUAAAUUCUGUUGGGAGUACUCAUGCCGAAGUUUCAGCACUAAAAAUCAAUCUUGAGGCACGCCUUGAGAGCUUUGAAAGUCGAAUAAUUGCUGCAGUGGAGGCAUCCCAUCAGUCUACGCUUAAGAGCAGAUCCAGCGUGGCCUUUGACAUCGCCGCCAGCACAAUCAGCAAAGCGACUGACUUGAUAUCUCUGUCGAACCAGUCACUCUGCAACUUGGCUUCAACACAGUAUAUACUGUACAAAACGUCAGCUCUCUUCCAAGACUCCAAUCUUAGUGUGAACACUUCAGUCAGUUCAGAGAUAAUCUCAGCCCAAGUUGGUGGUGUACGACUGAAUAAUCUGAAACAACCAGCCCUGAUGUCCUUCGAGCUGCUGGCUACAGCAGAUGCUGGUGUGGAUGAUGUCUUUGAGUGUGUCUUCUGGGACUUCGAUAAAGAUGAUGGCAACGGUGGAUGGAGCAACUUGGACUGCAAUACAACACGUGAUGGUGCAAUGUGGAACAGGACCAUUUGCCAGUGCAGUCACCUUACCAACUUUGCUGUGUUGCUUACACGGAAAAUACCACUGGAGAAAACCGCUGCAGUGAUUGGACUGAAAUAUGUGUCCAUGGUCGGCUGUGGAAUAUCCAUGGUCAGCCUUUUGGCCACACUCUUUGUUAUUGCAUAUAUACCGAGACUGCGCAAAGGCGACCACCACCAAAUGAUCUUCGGCCUGUGCCUAACUCUAUUUCUCUUUCUGGCAGUUUUCACAUUCGCACUUUACAACCAGAAGUUGACGGAGAGUGUCGUAGGCUGCAAAUUGGUGGCAGUAGUUUUCCAGGGACAUGUACAUGUAUGA